AUGGAUGCUUCGACUCCACUCAAGCGCUCCUCAACGGAGGCUGGCUUAGAUUCACCAAAAGAUCGUUCUGCAGAUUCACGGCAGACGCCCAAGAUCUCCAAGGCUCGCGCAUGCGCCGAGUGCAAACGCCAUAAGAUCCGCUGCGAAUUCCGACCGGGUGAGACAAACUGCACAAAAUGUCUUCGCAGUGGCAUCAAAUGCGUGGUGAACGAUUUUUCGCAGAAAUUCGUCGACGACGACGGACUAUGGAAGUCUCAGGCAGCUGCGUCGAUGCAGCAACUGCAAACUGCGGUGUCGCAACUUUUGCGACAAGCCGGACUCCCUGAUCUUUCAACCUACUCGACUGGUGAAAGUCGCAAUGGACCCAGCCCGGCCUCCUCGCACCAUGGCCACCGAGCGUCCAUUGAUGCGUCGCAAUCGCACCCACACGCUACUCCUCAAGAGGGACCUGGUGUCGUGAUGGAUGUCACCAGGGAGCCAUCCCAAGAACCGGACCCGGAAUUGGUCCCGGCACCCAUGCGCAGUUUAUAUGAGGUUACCAAAUUGCGAAACCUACGGAAUAACCACAUUGAAGCACCCAGAAAGACUCUGCUGGAAGAAGACUUCAUUACACGGGGAUUGAUCUCGUUACACGAGGCGGAAGAGCUCUUUGCAUACUUCAGUCGCACCAUGAACCAGCUGCUUUGGGGCGGGAUAAUUCUGGUGCAUCGAGAUCUGACCUCGGUCCGUCGCGCAUCAACCCUACUCUCCGCUGCAGUGUUGACUGUUGCGGCACUUCAUAUUCCCAAUCGCACAGAUACACUGAAUCGGUGCUAUAACGAGUAUGUGUCGUUGGUGUCUAGCAUGGCGCUUACACGGGCCCACACCCUGGAUGAUAUCCGCGGUCUCUGUGUUGGCGCGUUCUGGUUAUCGGAACUGAGUUGGAAGCUCUCCGGGCAUGCAGUACGCAUUGCAACCGAGAUGGGAUUGCACCAGAGCUACCAGCGCCUGACUCGCGGAAACACUGACCAGUAUGAGCGUGCACAGCUUUGGUACUUGCUCUAUGUCUGCGAUCACCACUUCAGUAUAGCUUACGGACGACCACCCGUCAUCCACGAGGAUGUGGCUAUCCGGAACUACGAAACCUUCCUCGAGUUCCCAUCGGUUGUUCCGGGCGACAUACGCCUUCUGGCCCAGGUCGCCCUGUUCAUGAUUUUGACCGAGGCCUACCGGACCUUUGGCAGCGACACCGAGCAGGCAUUGACCGAAGAGGACUUUGGUCAAUUGAGAGUAUAUAACGUUGCCGUGGAUCAAUGGCGGUUGCUCUGGCAGCCCCGAUCUGCCGACAGCCCGUAUGUGCGGACAUACCCCUCCAAGGGAGUGGUACUACAUUACCAUUUUGCUAAAUUCCAACUUAACUCGCUUUCGCUUCGAGCUCUUUCACCGUCGAACACUCCUGUCUUCUCGAUGGAUCGCAAAGAAUCGGCCAAUAUUGCUAUUUCAUCUGCAAUGGCCUGCCUCAACAUGGUACUCGAGGAGCCUGACAUCCGUGAUGCGAUCGUCGGUGUCCCCAUCUUCACCCACACCAUGGUGACCUUUUCCGCAGUCUUCCUGCUCAAGGUCGCGAUUAACUGGAACUCCGCCUAUCUAAGCAUCAACGCACGCCAAGUGCGGCGGCUGGUCGAGCGCGUGAUCGAGCUCAUGAACUGCGUCUCUGCAGGUGAGCGGCACUUGACACGACACAUAGCACGUGGGCUAGGCAAGAUGCUCGAGCGAUUCGACUCCUGGGAGGCUGCAUGGCAAGUGGGCACUAGUAAUGGCAGCGGCAUGGAUGGCAGCGAAGUGCCGGGGGGCGCGAAUGCGAUGGCACAGGGAUUCCCGCCUCCAGACCUGAUCUACGACAUGGUCGGAACAUAUGGAUUCGGCCUUGACGAGAACCUGCUAGACCCAAGCAUGGCGAACUUUGAAUUCUUGGCGCAGUAG